CAGUCGCGCGCGCCCGCCCGCCCAAAGCACGUGUCCGCCCGCCCAGCCGAACAAAAACAAUUGCCAACCAACUUAUGGAUAAGGAACGGGCUGGACCGCCCAGCGGGGCACCUUGGGAGUACGACAGUGUUUACGAGAGGCAUUGGAGUGAGGAGGUGAAGCCUGAGGCGCGGUCGUUCGUUAUGGAGGAGCACAGCAACGCUUGGAGCGCGGCGUUUGGAGCUAUGGCUGGGGCGGGCUCGGUGUUGCUGGUGGCUGCCAUCGUGCUACUGUGGAGGAAGCCGAGAAAGCGGGAGUUGCCGAUGCUCGCGCCGAUGGACGUCGCGCAGAAUGAGAUGCUGAUACCCAAAGAGCAGUGCCGCGUGCAACCACCUGCGGAGGUGCGCACGGCCAGCUCCCUCCCGCACGCGAGGCUGGCCAGGACUCCCUCCAUAUCCUCCCAGAGCAGCCUUGACAGCGGCACCUCAAGGGCUACGAGUCACCGCGGCUCGUCGCCUGCCAUCCGAACCUUCGCUCCAGACGGCCGUACCUUGGAGGCAGGAUCCACCGGAGUGCCAAGAUCUCCUUCGCCACUCCGAGCGGCCUCCCUGGACGUCCGCGCCGCGCCCCUGGCCCACGGCUCGCUGGCUUCCCUCGCUGACUCACCCACGCCUUCCAGUCCUCGGCACCUGCCUCCGAGAUGUCUCUCCCCUCUGCUGAUGCCUCCAAGACGGAUAGACCGGAGCAACUCUCUAGUAGAGAGCAGCAGCGGUUUGGGCCCCCUGAGCCCCGGCGCUGGGGCGUCAGUCAGCGCCCUUGGAGCCCUGCAGCCGGACCUGUACACCAAGCGGGAGGCGCCUCUGGUCAUCGAGCUGGAGGGCGCGGGGCCCUCGCUAGGGCGCAUCCAUCUUCGGCUGAAGUACGACUUUGACCGGUCUGAUUUGGAAGUGCAUCUUAUUGAAGCUCACGACCUAGCAGGCUAUGAAGCAGGAGGCUUCAACGACCCGUACGUCCGAGUCACCCUCCUACCAGAGGUGGACACCCGCGUGCGGCAGACGCCAGUCCACCGGAAUGAGGCCAACCCCUUCUUUGACCAGCACUUCAAGUUUCCCGUGUCGCAUGACGACCUGGGAGAUAAAGUGCUGUUGUUGCAGGUCUUCGAUUAUGACAGAUUCUCCCGCAACGAGGUGAUGGGCUCAGCCAAGGUUCCCUUAUCCCGCGUGGAGGUAGCAGGAGGCGCCGAGGUCUGGGCUGAGUUGUCCCGCGAGAGACGCCCUCCAGAGGAGCUGCAGGAACUCCUGCUGUCUCUGUCGUACCUGCCCUCAGCAGAACGGCUGACCGUGGUCGUUCUGAAGGCGCGGAAUCUGCUGCCACCGCAAGAGGGAAAGGAUGCUUUGGAUGUAUUUGUCAAGGUAUAUCUCCUCGUGAACGGGAAAAGAGUGAAAAAGAAGAAAACAAAUAGGAAAGAGAUAAACAAUCCCGUCUGGAACGAGGCCCUAUCGUUCAGCCUGCCAUCUGCCAAUCUUCAAGAGGCUUCAAUCGAGGUGUGUGUGGUGACCGGUGGCGGCAGCGGGCUGGUGGUGGGCUGGUGUUGCGUGGGCGCCGCGGAGCCCGCCGCCGAGGGGCGUCACUGGGCCCAGAUGGCGCACGAGACGAGGAAGGCGGUGGCCAUGUGGCACACGCUCAGAUAGGCGCACAACAGUUAU